AUGUCGACCGCCCAGGUUGAGACCAUGCGGAAGCAUCCGCGCCGCCGGCCUAUCUUAAACGCAGACCUCCCGUCCCUAGUGACCGAGUCAGCUGAAUCUUCCAAAAUGAGCCUCAAGAAAGGAGAGACUUUCCACACGCCCACAUCACCUCCCUCGAAUGAACGUGAUCCGGUAUUAAGCAUUCGAUCGUUGCCUCGGCGGUCGCCUACCUCAUUAGAAGCGAUUACUGCCAGUGAAGAGCGCAUGACGUCGAUUCUCAGCCGGUUGACCCUGGACUCCCCAGAGGACGGCGGAAAGGACUUGUCGGCGUCCCACGAUGACAAGUCGGACUCUCGUAGUGUAUCAAAGCCCAAUGCCAAAAGAGACUCUGCUUCCCGUCGCUCUUCCAUCGGAGAUGCCAAUGAUGAAUCGAAGAAAGUCAGCGAGCGUGGCCAUGAAUCCGACAGUGGCCUCGGAACAUCUAUUAGCAGCCAGGAGGAUUCAGCCUGUGAAAGUGACACUAUAGUGAAUGAUGCCGCACCUCAAUCCCCCAUUACCAGCCCCGGGGCAACAUUUGACGCUGGGUCUACCCGAAAACGACAACUUUCAUUAACUGCGUGCAAGCAAAUCGAGCGGUAUAUUUUGGUCCCUAUUCUCAAGGAACCAAAGCUCAAGCCCUUCCACCCGUUAGUGAAGUCGAUUCCCACUCGCAUUGUCAAUAGGCAGAUUGUAUGCCUGCGUGAUCUGGAGAAGACACUACUUUGGCUGGCUCCAAAGUUCUCGAGCUCUCCGCAUACAUAUCUCAACUUCGCAGAAUUUACUAUCCAGUGUUUACAUACUUCGGCUUCGCAUCUGAACGAUCGUGAUCAGCGGAUACCGACUGAUCGCCCAUACACUAACGGUUACUUCCUCGAUCUCGUCUCCCAGGUCCGACGUUACGCCGCUAUGAUUCGUGCUUCUCGUGAGCGGGUGCAGCAGGCCAAGCAGGCCGCCAAGGCCGAGCAGCCUGAGCAGUCCGAGUCCGACGGCACCAAUGUCGAGAGUACUGACAAGAUUUCCCUUGUUGCCAGCGCUGCCCUCGAGGGCGGCCUUUCUAAGAACGGCAAGCCAGUCGAGCUGGUUGUUAUGCAGGAUGGCAAGGCUAUCUCCAUGCGUACUGGUCUCCCAUUCACCCCCGAAGACACUCCUGUCACUUUCAAGCGUACCAUCAGCUUCGACGAGAAAGUGGACGAGGGUGUCCAGCGUUCCAUGGCCCGUCGCAAGAAGAAUGCUCCUCCAAUGGACAUCAACCAGAAGUGCAGCCACUGUGACAAGGUCUUCAAGCGCCCAUGUGAUCUGACAAAGCAUGAAAAGACUCACUCACGUCCCUGGAAGUGCACUGAUAGCGAUUGCAAAUAUAGCCAAGUUGGCUGGCCCACCGAGAAGGAGCGUGAUCGCCACAUCAACGACAAGCAUUCCGACGCUCCUGCUCUGUAUAAGUGCAACUUCCAGCCGUGCACUUACGCCUCUAAGCGUGAGAGCAACUGCAAGCAGCAUAUGGAAAAGGCCCAUGGCUGGGUUUAUAUUCGCUCUAAGAACAAUGCCCGUGGUGGAAGCAAGCGUGGCUCCUCCGCCCAGGCUUCUCGCACCCCCAGUGUGUCUACUCCUACUUCCAAGUCGGGUGAUUACCCCACCCCUUCGUCGGGUCCCAGCCCAUCUCCUCGCCCGUCCUUGUUUCCGGACCCGCCCUUCAACUUCAAUGACCCGCCUAUGCCGGCCAGUGAUGACCGCGAUCGCCUUUUCCAGGCUUCGCCUUUCUCGAGCUCUUCGGCUGGUAUGGGCAUGUCGUACCCUACCUCGCUCAAUCUCGAUUCUUUCCAGAACCAGUUCGCUGCGGGUGACCCUAACGGGCUCAUUACCGAUCUGGAGGUACACCGUCAGUCUAUGAAUUAUACGGGCAUUCCCUCUGCCGAGUCAGUUCCUGAACUGAUGGGUAUGAAUUACGAUAAUUCUCCUCUGGUCCCCGACUCGGAGGCGACUACCAUGGAGUAUGACUGGUCCAGCAUGCGGGACAUGCCCGAUCUCGAUAAUCAGGAUUACAUUGGUUUCAACAUGGGCGUCACUGCCAACCAGACUGAGAAUGUCUACGGUGGCUUUGCAGCCCAGAUGUCUGCUAACGGCCCCUUUGGCAUGGAUGUCCCCGAAAAAGUCAAUGGUAUUCACGGUAAUCCGAUGCUCUACUCUCCUGACUCUGUCAUGGAGAACUACGGUUAUGCCCCUCAGCAGCGCACUGACCAGGACUUCACUCUGUAUGCGGAUGCUAGCAUGACCAUGUCCCAGAUGAUCCCGUCCAUUGCGGAGCACCAGGCAACUCGCCCGCUUGCCCAGUCCGAUGAGAUGUUUCCAUCCCUUCACGACGAAGACUCUGCCUUCCCGGGCAUGCAGUCCUGGCUCAACGGUCGUGGUCCCACCUCCGACGCGUACCUGCCCAAUGACAUGAACCUGGAGUUCAUGAAGUAG